GACUUUUAUUUUGAUAAAAUGACGAAUGGUGGCCAUAUUGAAAUUUUAGUUAUUGUCGCUGGUUACACGCAGGUGAAAACAACUAUGGCUGAUAAGAAAGAAGUUGAGGAAACCCUUGAGGAACUGGCAGACUAUGUCAAGAAGCAGCGAUGGUGGAAUCGGGUGUUUGGCAAAAAUAAUUCAAGGCCUUUGGCUGAGAAGUAUUCAGUUGGUGGACAAAUUGCAAUUGGAGGACUGACUGGCUGGUGUGCUGGUUAUCUGUUCCAGAAAGUUGGAAAGCUAGCAGCCUCAGCUGUUGGUGGAGGAUUCCUCUUGCUUCAGAUUGCCAAUCACACGGGCUACAUCAGAGUGGACUGGAAGAGAGUGGAACGGGAUGUCAACAAAGCCAAGAAGCAGCUUAAGCUCAAUGUAGACAAGCCCCCGAGAGAAGUCACCACGAAGGUGGAAGAGGUUCAAAUUUUUGUGAAGAACAAUAUUGUCGUGAUGGGGGGAUUUGCUGGAGGAUUUCUGAUCGGAUUGGCAUCAUAGUUUUUCAGUCAUAUUUGGACCUGCUUUUAUAUUUUCUGUUGUUUAUUAUCCUUUAGAACCCCUACCCUAUUUUUGUGUGUUUUGAGUCUUUCAUUAUGACUUCUAAAGUACUUGCAAGAGCAAAUCACACAUGCCAUAUUAUUUAAGGACAGACCAGGCAAGAAUAAUUUAUCAUUUCACAAGAUUAUGCUCACAAUGUUGAUAUCAACGGUUUUGUGAAUAAAAAUAUCACUCCUUAAAUGGGAGCAUUUUUGCAUGAAUAUCGUAAAGGUGUGACCUCCUUAUAUCUGUCUAUAGAAAUGGCUAUAGAAGGGUAUACUGUCUGUGUAAAACUAUGAUGGUUGGACAAUCUGUGGUUUAACACUAUGCAACAAUACAGGAUUAUAUUUCC